AUGUUCAGUCACUUGAAUAAUGGUAUAUCUUGUAUUCUUAUUCUAGUUAUUUUUAAAUCUACAAUUGUAGAUAAUAAAAACUGUUCGUCAUCUUACCAAAAGACUUGUUCUCUUGCAUCAUUGGUUUGGUGUUGCCCAGCAAUAUCAAAUGUGGAAUGUGGAAGUGAGAUCUUUGCAUGUCAUUAUAGAACAAUACCAACAUUUCGUCCAAUAAUGUUUCAAUAUGUUACGCGACCAGAUUUUCUUAAUAGACCAAUAUCUCAUGCACCUUCAUCUUCUGGACUCAUUUUGGGAUUAGAAAUACUUAGUGGAAUUUUCAUCGUUUGCUGUAUUUAUAUUCCUCUGAUAUAUCUGAUUAUUCGCACAUGUUGGCGAUGCUGUUUACGUGUUUCUCCACGUAACCAACGUAUAGUUGAACUACAGCAAAUGACAGGACAAUCUACACUAAAUGUUUCUACACCGUAUGAUAGUGAACAAUCGGUGUCAACAAUUUCUGGUAUAUUCGAAGCACUCCCACCACCAUACCACAUUGCUAUUGAUAAACAUCGUUCAGAAGUUUCACCACCAUCAUACGAUAUUGCACUUCCUCAUCUGGCAUCUGUACAUCAACUCCAAUCAUUUUCUACAGCAACGAUGGUUAAGGACAUUAUUUUACAAGUUUAG